AAAAGAAUAUGUAGACUUUAUUACUCAUCUACUUAUCAAACUUCAUUCAUGGGUGAUUUUAUAAUUUUGGAGUUUAACAGAAAAGAGAGAAUACUAAUAAGAAUAUAGCAAAAUAUACCUUGUUAGAACUCCUCUCAACUAUUUACGAACCAAGCUUCUCAUGUCCUAAUAUAUAAGCUCACAUUCCCUCCUACAUUAGACUGCAAGCCACUGCAAUCUUUGUUAUUUGUUGUUUCUAUAGUUCCAUUUUCCCUAUCUUUCUUUUUUGUUUGUAUUCCACAGGGAAAAAAUGGUACUGUCGAGAGCGGUUAAGAAGGUUGCGGGGAAGCUUGAAAAAAGGCCAGCUGAGGCGCCCAAAACUUCCCUGGACAUGGUCUUAACCUUAGCAGAAGCCAUUAGGUUCGGUUAUGCAGAGACACUCGGCAAAUGGAGCUUCUUGGACUUGCCAAGAGCCAUCCUUUAUACUAUCAUGGAAAAGGGUAAGAAAACAGUUGAAAUAGAAUGUAAAGAAAGAGAGGAUUGUGUAGAACUGAAAGACCCCGAAAUAUUAAAGGAGUUGUAUGAGAUCAAAAAAUGCUUGACACGCACCAUGCUUUUCAGCAAGAAACGCUUUCGUUCCUUUCUAUUUGCUGCUGGAUUCGUUAAGGGAGAUGUUCUCCUCCGGAAGAGAAGAGCUCGGAUUCUGAAGCCUGCUUUCACAGUGAUACGGGAUAAAGAAUCAAAAUGUUUGUUUCUGUUCAUCCGAGGAACUCGAAGCGUAAAAGACACUCUGACGGAUGCAAUCGGUGCUCCCGUUUCCUUCAAUCAUUUCAUUUAUAGUGAUGGUGAGCUGAAAAGGAACAACGUGAUUUCAGGACAUGGACACCGAGGCAUGGUUGCUGCAGCUCGUUGGAUCAAAAAACACUGCACUCCUAAACUUCUUGACGAACUUCGUCAAUACCCCGAUUUCCAAGUCAAGAUAGUUGGACACUCACUUGGUGGUGGCACUGCUGCACUGUUGACAUAUAUGCUUAGAGAAAUAAAGCAGUUCUCUUCAUGCACUUGUGUCACCUUUGGUCCAGCUGCUUGUAUGUCAAUGGAAAUGGCGGAAUUCGGGAAGCCCUUUAUCACUUCCGUUAUAAAUGGUUAUGACAUGGUGCCUACAUUGUCAGCUGUUUCUGUUUAUGAUUUCAUUGAAGAGGGUCUGAAUAAGCGUAAAAGAUUCAUAAAGUCUGCUUGCAGCGCAAUUGGAUCUCGCAUACCUUUCGCAUCUCAUGCAAAAGCCAUUGCAGAUCGUGCAGUAUCCCGCGGCACCGAGGCUGUGAUGAAGAGUAAACAAAGAACUCGGUCACUGAUAAGCUGGUCCAAACGUGAGAAUGCUGCGGCAUUGACAAGUUCUAAAUCAGAAAACUUGGCUGAAGUCGCUCAAUCAUCAAAUACAAGUUAUGAAGGGACAGAAGAGUUAAUAAUCUCUGAGUUUACUAGUGAUGAGGACGACGGAUCUAUAUCCUCCAGUGAAGGAUCUGAUAACGAUGACAUGGAUGAAGAGGAGGAGGAAAUCAUAGCUGCUACUCGCAACAUUGCUAACGAUGAACUGAAUGAAUAUUACAAGGAGCUUCAGCUAGACACACAAGAGGAUAAUCCUGAAAUUAAUGGUGAAAAGGAAAAAGAAGCCGCCAUAGAAAAAGGCAUCACAGAAGGAGAGAUGAAUAAUGAUGAGGUUGUUCAUAGUGAAGAAACUGCAGAUAGUCCAGUUGCAAUAUCGGACAAGCCUGUUAGACAUCAUCUUUAUCCACCGGGAAGAAUCUUGCAUAUUGUUCCUGUACUUUGUUCUGAAAAUUCUAAACCAAUCCACUGUGACGAUGCUGAUGGCAAACGUGUGUUGUUGUAUGAAACGAGUAGAGAGCUGUAUGGAAAACUCAGACUUUCAAGAGGGAUGCUAUUUGAUCACAUGACAAGCAAGUAUCUGAAGGUGUUCCAACAAUUAAUCAAUCAAUUUGAGAAAGAGACAUGAAUGGUUUUAGCUAAUAGACUUCUUGAGCCUUAGAAUUAAAAUUGGUCUUUUUAUGUUUGUUGCGUGUGUAUUGGUGUUGUAAUAAGUCUCUCAGGCUGUCACUUUUAUAUGUAAGAUUAGUUCGUUGGUGAGGA